AUGGAUUCCAAUACUCCUCUCACUCUUCAUGCUGCCUACACCGCGCCCGACGCUACGAAGGCCGUUCUGCACACAAUCCCAACCAACACGAACUUUGAUAAUCUGGCGUCAAAGCAGGCCCACCUGCACGCUCUUCAAUCACUCGUUCCCAAGCUACAGGAUGAGAUCAAUGUCUUCCUGACCGAACGCAUGGAGGAAGACAAAAAGGCACAGGGGGCCAUCUCUGAAAGAGAAGCCCAAGAGGAGGAGAACUAUGGCGAAGAGGUGGUCGAAGAUGAUGCAUGA